GAAAAAAAGCUCUCGCUAGUCAAAGAUAACUAUACAAAAUCUUUUGAUACGGUGAUCCCAAUGAGAGAACCGUGGGGAUAUGGGAAGAGACUUGUUAUCCAUGCUGGCUAGCCAGCCAUGCCAGGUGGGUUCAAAAUCGCGGUAGUUUGCAAGAAGUGGACACUCGUAAAGUGGCUGAGGCGCGUGAUGUCACGUGAAGACCGGGAAGGGCGUGUUGGUGUUGGUGUUGGCGUAGGUGCCGGUCGGUGGAAGCUUGGAAUCAUCUCUCUUCUUUUCCUUCCCCUCUCUCUUUUAUCUAACUUGACGGCGAGAACUCCAAGCUCCCCCAGAAUUCUUUGCGAAAACCCCUCUCGUAAAUCCUUCUCUUCUUGAAAAGGAGAUGUCGCAGAGCGGGAAGCUGAUGCCCAAUUUAGAUCAGCAGAGCACCAAAGUUCUCAACCUGACCGUCCUCCAACGGAUCGAUCCCUUCGUCGAAGAGAUCCUCAUGACCGCCGCUCAUGUCACCUUCUACGAAUUCAACAUCGAGCUCAAUCAAUGGAGCCGCAAGGAUGUCGAAGGAUCUCUCUUUGUCGUCAAGAGAAAUACACAACCCAGAUUUCAGUUCAUUGUCAUGAACCGACGCAAUACAGAUAAUCUGGUGGAGGAUCUCUUGGGAGAUUUUGAAUAUGAAGUCCAAGUUCCAUAUUUGUUGUACAGGAAUGCAGCCCAGGAAGUUAAUGGUAUAUGGUUUUACAAUGCACAUGACUGUGAAGCUAUUGCAAAUCUUUUUGGCAGGAUACUGAAUGCAUACUCCAAAGUCCCUCCAAAGCCUAAAGCUUCAAGCAAAAGUGAGUUUGAAGAGCUGGAAGCUGUUCCAACUUCAGCUGUUGUGGAAGGUCCCCUGGAGCCACCACCAACGUCAUCUGCUGCCGCUACUGUUCCUGAUGAUUCAUUUGUCAACUUCUUCAGUGCAGCUACAAAUAUUGGAAGCGUAUCAAAGCCCACAAUUAUUGGACAGCCACAUCAAUCUUCUGCAGCUAUUCCUUUGUCUUCCCAUGCACCUAAUAUUAUUCCAACCACUGUGCCGACGCUUCAUUCUGCCCUUUCUCUGCCAACUUCAGCUCCCCCUCUCAUGCCAUUCCUUGAUGCUCAUGAAUCUAGCAGUAACACUAGUCGGGCCACAAAUUUGGUUAAACCUUCUUUUUUUGCUCCUGCUUCCACAUCCUCUUCAUUAAUGAUGCCACCAGUUGCAUCUUCUAUGCCUGCUUCUCCCCCUCUUCAUCCUCCUGUGACCAUGCAGCGUCCAUAUGGUACCCCAUUGCUUCAACCAUUUCCACCACCCACUCCAUCUCCAUCUCUUACUCCUCCAAACUAUGGUUCUGUUAUUACAAAAGACAGAGUCAGGGAUGCACUGCUGAAGCUUGUUCAGAACAACCAAUUCAUUGAUAUGGUGUACCAAGAGAUGCUGAAUGCACAUUAUUCAUAAGACUGAGGAGUUUAAGAGUUGUUCCUGGUUUUUCCCUCAAAAAAAGAAAAAAAAAAGGGAAAAAGAACAAGGAGUUAUGCUGGUUUUGUUUAUGUGGUUUCUUUGUUUCAUGUGCUUGUAGGAUGAGCGCCUGUAUAUCUUUUGUAAGUCUUUGCUGUAGUCAUGGGAGCCUUUUGUUUAUACAAUUUUUUUUUCCGUUCCAGAUAUCAUUAGUGACAUUAGAGAUGUUCAUUUGGGGUU